ACUGGCUCCGGCUCUAGCUGGCGGCUGCUUCUGAGGAGGCUGGUUCCUAUUUUAAAUCUAGUCAGCGAUCAAAAUGGCGGCUACGAGCUGAGCGUGAGGUGGGGAGAAAACACGCUGAGGCGAAAGCGCGCUCAGCUCCUUUACCCGCCUCAUCCACAUGAGUAAAGUUUUCAGUGGGCUAGCACAAGACACUUGUUCUGAGCUCAGGAAGACUUGUGGAUUGCAGCCAGAUUGUUUGAAUGGGAAAGAAUGAAACAGACGCAGCAGGAACAGCUUAAAAAACCCCACACCAGACUGGUACUCAUUGCUGAUGCAUGCUCAGAAUGAGUGGAUUAGGGGACAACUCCUUGGACAGCAUGACCAGUGAUUCAAGAAAGCGCAAGCCAUUGCCCUGUGACACCCCGGGACCAGGUUUGAUCUGCAGUGGAGAGAAACGCCGUCGUGAACAGGAAAGCAAGUAUAUUGAAGAACUAGCUGAGCUGAUAUCUGCUAAUCUGAGUGACAUUGACAAUUUCAAUGUCAAACCGGAUAAAUGUGCAAUUUUAAAGGAAACUGUUAGACAGAUCAGACAGAUAAAAGAACAAGGAAAAACAUCUUCUACUGAUGAUGAUGUUCAGAAGGCUGAUGUAUCUUCAACAGGUCAAGGUGUUAUUGAUAAGGAUUCGUUGGGACCUCUUCUUUUACAGGCAUUGGAUGGCUUCUUAUUUGUAGUAAAUCGAGAUGGGAACAUAGUAUUUGUUUCUGAAAAUGUUACUCAGUAUUUGCAAUAUAAACAAGAGGACCUAGUUAAUACAAGUGUUUACAAUAUUUUGCAUGAGGAGGACCGGAAGGAUUUUCUUAAAAAUUUACCAAAAUCCGCAGUAAAUGGAGUUUCUUGGACCAAUGAAACACCCCGACAGAAGAGCCAUACAUUUAAUUGUCGUAUGAUGGUAAAAACAGUACAUGAACUUCUGGAAGAUGUAGGUGGCCAGCAGGAUACGCAUCACAGAUAUGAACACUGUGUUAUAAUCAAUAAUUAUUUAAUUGCAGAUUUGCAGUCCUGUAUGAUAUGCGUAGCACGUCGUAUCUCAACUGUGGAAAGAGUAUUUUCACCAAACACAGAGAGUUUUGUUACUAGGCAUGAUCUUUCAGGUAAACUUGUUAACAUAGACACAAACUCAUUAAGAUCCAUGAGACCUGGAUUUGAAGACACAAUCCGUCGUUGUAUUCAAAGAUUUUUAUGUCAGAAUGAAGGACAGCCCUGGUCAAACAAACGUCACUAUCAAGAAGCUUAUAUACAGGGGCAUGCUGAAACGCCACUCUAUCGGUUUUCCUUAGCAGAUGGAACAGUAGUUACAGCACAAACGAAAAGUAAAUUAUUCCGAAACCCAGUUACCAAUGAUCAUCAUGGUUUUAUCUCCACUCACUUUCUUCAAAGAGACCAAAAUGGAUAUCGUCUAAAUCCUGGUACAGCGGGGCAGAAUAUCAGAGCAACUUCCAAUGGGACUGCAAAUUCAGGUGGCAAUGUUAUAAACAUGUUGCCUGGGCAAAACAUAGCUUUGCAGAACAGGAACUAUGGUAUGGGUGAUCCAAACUUAAUGAGUCAUAUGAGCGGUGCUAGAUAUGGUGGCCCUGGAAACAUGGGAUCAGUGAACUCUGGUCAAGGACUGCAGUCUUCUUAUCAAAGUACCUAUGGAUUAAAUAUAAGCAGCCCGCCUCAUGGCAGCCCAGGAUUAAAUUCCAGUCAACAGAAUUUAAUGAUAUCCCCCAGGAAUCGUGGGAGUCCAAAAGUGAAUUUACACCAGUUUUCUCCUGCAGCAGGUGUGCACUCGCCAAUGGGACCUGCCAAUAAUACUAGCAACAGCAGUUUUUCAAGCAGCUCACUGAGUGCUCUUCAGGCCAUUAGUGAUGGAGUUGGAACUUCACUUCUGUCUACGCUUUCUUCACCAGGUCCCAAACUGGACAGUUCUCCAAGUAUGAAUCUUUCUCAACAAAGUAAAGUGGGAAACCAGGACUCAAAAAGCCCUCCUGGCAUGUUUUGUGAACAAGUGGAAAGUUCUCAGUGUCAGUCAAACAGCAGGGAUUCUCUUACCAACAAGGAUAGCAAAGAGGAGAGCCUUGAGAAUUCUGAUCAGAGAGGACCAGCUGAAAGCAAAGGGCAUAAAAAGCUUCUUCAGUUACUAACUUGUUCUUCAGAUGAUAGAGGGCAUUCAACACUGUCAAAUUCUCCCUUAGAUUCUAGUUGCAAAGAGCCCUCUCCCAAUGCUACAAGCCCUUCAUCAGGUGUCUCCUCUUCUACAUCUGGUGGGGUGUCUUCAUCAAAUAUGCAAGAAAAGCAUAGGAUUUUGCAUAAAUUGCUACGGAAUGGUAAUUCUCCAGCAGAAGUAGCGAAAAUCACAGCUGAAGCAACUGGCAAAGAUACAUACCAGGACAGUAGUAAUGUUUCCUGUGGAGAAGGAGUUGUGAAACAGGAACAAAUGAGUCCUAAAAAGAAAGAGAACCAUGCUUUGCUUAGAUACUUGCUUGACAAAGGUGAUGGAAAAGACCUACUUUCAAAGGAUAUUAAACCUAAGGUAGAAAAUGUAGAUGAUAAGAUGGGACAGUGCUGUAAUUCUGCCAUUCCUACUUCAAGUCAAGAAAAGGAGAUGAAAAUAAAAGCAGAACCCACUGAAGAGAUGAGUAGAGAUCUGGUGGAUAAUUUAGAUGCAAUCUUAGGUGACCUAACUAGCUCAGAUUUUUGUGGAAAUCCUGUAUCUACAAAUGGAAGUAAUAUGGGGAAUAAGCAACCCUUAUGCCAAGGAAGUACACCACUGGGUAUGAGAAGUCCUCAAUCUGUGCAGACCACUCGUCCUCCUUUCAGCAGAGCCAUAUCUUUAGACAGCCCUAUAUCAAUGGGUUCAGGCACACCAGCAAAGAAUAUCAAUGCUUUGUCCAUAUUACAGAAGCAAAACAUGAUGGGUGGCAGUCCAAGAAUGAUUGAAAACCAGGAAAAUUUUGGUGCUAAUAUGGGGGGAUCCAACAGAAAUAUGCCUGUGGGUCAGCACUCAGCAGGUGAUUGGAGUGUACAAAGCCCAAAAAUGAGCAGGAUGGAACCUACACCUUCUGGUUCAAUGAUAAGGCCAGGAGUAGAUUGUACCUCUUCUCUUUCUCGAUCUUCAGUUGGUGGGUCCAUGCCUGGUUUGCCCAUGAGAUCAAAUAGCAUGCCUGGCACCAGAUCCAUGCUCCAACAGCAGAUGAUUCAUCCAAGACCAAAUGAGAUUAAUAUUAGUAUGGGAGGAAAUCCUUAUGGACAUCCAGGCCCAUCUAACCAGCCAAACACAUGGCCUGAUAAUGUGCUACCCAUGGAACAAGGUUCUCGAGGUUCACAAAACAGGCAGCUGCUUAGAAAUUCCCUGGAUGAACUCUUAUAUUCUGCUCCAAGUGUUGAUGGCCAAAGCGAUGAAAGGGCCCUUUUAGAUCAACUACACACAUUGUUGAGCAGUACAGAUGUCACUAGCCUUGAAGAAAUUGACAGAGCCUUGGGAAUUCCUGAUCUUGUAAAUCAAGGGCAAGCUUUGGAACCCAAACAAGAAUCCUUUCAUGGGCAAGAAUCUACGAUAAUGAUUGACCAGAAGCCUCCAAUAUAUGGUCAACCCUACCAGGGACAGGGAGCAGCAAUGCCAGGAGGUUUUAGUAGCAUGCAAGGCCAACAGGCAGCAUUUAACUCUGUGAUGAAUCAGAUGAAUCAGCAGAGCAAUUUUCCAAUGCAAAGUAUGCAUCCUCGAGCAAAUGUCAUGAGGCCAAGAACAAAUACGCCAAAGCAACUACGCAUGCAGCUCCAACAGAGGCUUCAGGGGCAGCAGUUUUUGAAUCAGACGCGUCAAACACUUGAUAUAAAAAUGGAGAAUGCUAAUCCUGCUAAUGCAUCAAUGAUGAGACCUAUUAUGCCUCCCCAGAUGGGAUCACAACAAGGCUUCCUUAAUGCUCAGAUGGUGGCUCAGCGAAACAGGGAGUUAAUAAGUCAUCAUAUUAGACAACAAAGGAUGGCAAUGAUGAUGCAACAGCAACAGCAGCAAUCUCAGGCCUUCAGUCCUCCCCCAAAUGUGACUGCUUCAGGAAGCAUAGAUGGUGCUGUUACAGGUCCUCCAAUGGCUCCACUACCACCUCAGCAAUUUUCUUACCCAUCAAAUUAUGGAAUGAGCCAGCAGCCAGAUCAAGCCUUUGGCAGGGUAUCGAGUCCCCCGAAUCCUAUGAUGGCUCAGAGAAUAGGUCCUUCUCAAAAUCCCAUGAUGCAGCAUCCUCAGGCUACACCAAUAUAUCCUUCUCCUGAGAUGAAGGGCUGGCCAUCAGGAAAUAUGGCCAGGAGCAGUUCUUUUCCACAGCAACAGUUCAACCAUCCAGGAAACCCUGCAGCUUACAAUAUGUUGCACAUGAACAGCAAUGGUGGUCAUAUGGGGCAAAUGAACAUUAAUACAAUACCUAUGACAGGAAUGCCCAUGGGUCCAGACCAGAAAUAAUGCUGACAUCUGCAGCCGUAAUAUGCAAAUAUGAUAUAUGAUGAUUAAGUAUUACAGAAGAGUGCACGUGAACGUCAUGACAACAAGUACUGGCCUUGUGGAAAUGCCACUUCUUUUCAAUGGAGAUGUCCUAAGUGACUUCUUAAGUUAUGGACUUUUGGGUGGGGGCAGUGGAGGAUUACAAGUGAAAUAUCACUCCAUAAUAUGAGAAAGAAAAUCACGUAUUAUUUUGGCUUUCUGCCUCUAGUGACAUGAAUUUGGCAACUGUAUUUGAGCAAAUGUGAUGGGUGGGCUCUGUGUAUCAGUUCUGUUUACUGUAGCUUUCCAAAGCCCUUAACUACAGGCAGACCAAAGUGCCUGGAGAAACCUUGGUAUAAUAGUCUUGAGUUCUAUAGUAAGAGUCUCUGACACAGUGUAAUUCCUGGCCUUGAUUUAAAAGACAAAAGAAAACUGAACAAUCAUGCUUCUUUUCAUCUUGUUUCCUGGUGUUGGCAAGUCUUGGUGUACAAGUGACAGCCACACUGUCCAAAUCAUGCUCUUUGAUACCAAAGGGUUAUGGAGAGAAUAACGUGUAUAAUCAUGAUAAAUAUUUCAAUAUUGAUGUGCAGCUUUGCGCACUUUAUAAAAUGCUGUACACAACGGGUCAAUGCAAUACUUUUAAUAAGGAAUGGGUCGGUAUAAAAAUAGGCAAGUCCAUGUCCCCUUCCAAGACAAGCUAAAUUACUGUUAUAUAUGUUUCUGCUAUGAAAAGUUUUGAGCAAUAAUCGUAUUUUUUGCUAUUCAUCUUAAUAAAACUCAAGGCAAGGGAUUGCAGUUUGAAGAGUUCUCUUUGUGAAUAAUGUUUUGUAAAUAUGAUGUUAAAAUGCUGUAUUAUAUAUAUAUAUAUAUGACUUUUGUAGGCCACUAACUCAUUUUUGCAGAGUUUGUGAAGCUAAAUAUUUAACAAAGAGAAAUUCUGUAAACUCAAGUCAAAAUUGUUCUAAUAGAUUUUUUUAUUUAAAUGUUUUUGGAAUUGGGUAACUGUGGCCCUUAUCUCCCCGCCCCAUGGUUUCCAGCAGUUUAUUUAGAUCUUGUAUGCAAUGGCUUUUAAAAAGAUCAUUUCUGUGUAUCUUAGUGGUCUUUUAAUAUUUUCUCUACACCUUAUGUGUGCACUUUGUUACUUUUUCUUACAUAACACAAUUUAAUGACAAAAAUUGCUCUUUUGUCAUACCAGUUUGUGAAUUUUUAAAAUAUAACCUGUCUUUUCAGUGGAAGGGCCUCUGCUCUAGGAUAUUUGAUGAACUUUUAAUGAAGCCUCAAUGUUGUUCUGAACUUGUUUUCGUGUGUGUUAAAUGUCUUCUAUUGCCAGGAGGCACAUCUAAUGCUACAUAAAUAUCUAAAAUUCUUUGUGGCAAUUAAUAAUGUGUAUUGCAUUUAAUUGCUGUACUGGUAAAAUAUAUAUUUAUUUUCUAAGUA